CCCUUUUUGCGUGUUCGCAAGCAUUUACCCAAGUUCAUGUUUCAUUAAAAAAAAUUAAAGGUGAAGUUACAUUCGAACAAAUAUCAGGAGAUGAAUACGAAAUUUUCGGAGAGUUUGAUAAGGGUUUUGAUUCAACAAAUUCCUCCCUAUACAGUAUAGUAAUUGGAAAUACAUAUAUAUCAUUCAAAGAAUGGGAAAUUGAAAUUGAAAAACCUAAAGCCGGUCCCUUUAAAACAGCAUAUAAUGGAACGGCUGAAUCAUUGGUUGGUCUUAGCUUUUCAGUUUUUAA